AGACCGGAAGUAGCUUGUUUUAUUCAUCUUCUUGACGCUGAUACCGGGUUAACGCUGAUCCUGGUUGAACUCCUGUCAUCUUUAUAGUGUUUGUCUGUUUUUUUAAAGGUCCGGAGCGAAAUAUCAAGCGAUCCCUCGCCUUACUGAAUGGACAGGGGUGAGAAACUUUACCGAGCCGAUCCGGUUCAAACCAGACCGGGUCAGAAUACGGUUGACAGCAGCACCCAGACGGACAGCAGAGUCCAAGGUGAGACAGGGGGAGUUGAUGUUAUGAUGCAGUUGCAUCGGUUUCCAUUCUCUAAUGCCAUAAAUCAGCUGAUGUUUAUGCAAGAUUAUGCAGCUUUACUGCCUUAUAAUGCAGCUACGUGUUCACUGUUUAUGGCAGCUGUGCUUAUAAUCAGAGUUUAAGAGGGUUAGACCUAUUAACAUCCUGUAAAAGUCAGUCAAAUUAAGUCAAUGUAAACUGUUAAUCUUUUAUUUAGAGGUAGCAUAUGUUAGUGAAAAUGUCUCAUAUUGCUAGGAGACAAAACUGAUCAUCUGGGCGGAUUAAAUGUCUCUGCGCAAGGAGUUUAUUUCUAAGCAUUCAGCUCCAGUGUUGCCACAAUGAUGGGGGAUAUUCGUGGUAGUAAUAGUUUCUUCUUUUUAAAGAAACUGAGUCAGCCUUAAAUAACAUGUGAGGAGUCUCCACAGUUAUAAUCAAACGGGAGGUUUAAUUUUCAUCAAUGAGGCACAUCAUCUCUUUUAGAUCCAGAGCUAGGGCUGAAAUGUGUAAUGCAUAUAAAGGUUGUUAUUAUAGCUGAACUGACAAGCAGCAACAUUUUGCAAUGGGUGCACAAUGUCACCACACAGGUGUGCUAACAUUACAAGGAGGAUCUUCCAGUUAAGUUAAACUUGUUUCUGCAACUGCAAAUAAUUAUCCUCAAAAAAGUGCUUUGACUCUCCUUCAGAUGUGUGUGUAAAUUUAUUUAAUCAUUUUAUAAGAAAUGAAAGUUAUGACACCCUAGGUUAACGCUGAAUUUUUUUGAGAAAGGAAUCUCCAACUGGGGUUGUUCUGAGGACCUGAGGGCUCUACAGUGUUGUGUAAGUGUUAUGCAGUCAGCCAGAUAUGCUGGAGCAAGACCAUGGAUAGCUUUGAAAACAGACAUUAAAAGUUUAAAAAUGAUCCUGAAUUUAAGCGGGAGCCGAUGCAAGGAGAGAAGAACGGGAGUGAUGUGACUGUGAUGGGGGGCGUUGGUCAAAAAGCGUGCUGCAGCAUAUUGUACCAGUUGGCGGCAAGAGAGAGAAGAUUGCUUGAUUCCAAUGUAUCAGGAAUUACAAUAAUCUAACCUAGCACUGAUAAAAGCAUGGAUGACCAUUUCAAGAUCCUUCCUGCUGAGGAAGGGCCUAACCUUGGUGAUCAAAAGCUUAGACCAGGGUCCAAAAUAACUCCCAGGUUGCAGAUAAUAAUGUGCUCUUUUUUCUUUUCUUUCAUGCAGGUCAUGGCCCCAGGUUAUCAAAGGUAAACCUGUUUACCUUGUUGAGCUUGUGGAUGGAGUUGUUUCCGCAGGAGGACCCUGAAGAGGAGGAUGAUCACAAACAGGUUAGUGUGCAAAGUGUUUAGAAUUACUAUAAAGAGUUUUUUGACAUUACAAAUUAAAGUGAAAUUCAUACUGAUGACUGGUCAUGAUGAUCUAGGACAUGGAAAUCUACUUUUCUUCCUGUAUUAAAAGGAGGAAACUCCAAAUAUUUGUAUAACUACAGGCCAAUUUUAUAAUUUGUGAGUUUUGGCUGAAGUUCUGAAGUCUCUUGUUAGUGUUUGACUAGAAGAGUUUUCAAACAGUUUUGUGUGUCUUUGUGUGUAUCUGUGUGUGUUUCAGGUCCACAGGCUGGGUCUUGUGGUGGUACGGGACAGUAAGGUGGUAGGACUUCACUGUUCAGGACCGGAGCUGCAUGCAGGACAGGCAGCCAUCCUCCAACAUGGCUCCCGCCUCGCUGACUGUCAGUUAUAUUUCUCCAGGAGACCCUGCGCGACCUGUCUCAAGAUGAUCAUAAAUGGUGAGGGAAAAAGGAAGAACUUUGUCUGUAUUGUUCCUCUUUUCCUCUUUAUUCAAAAUGAAAAAUGAAAGAGUGGUAAUGUUAAGAUUAAAUUUGUGUUUUGGUGUCUCCAGCCGGUGUCAGUCAGAUCUCCUUCUGGCCUGGUGACCCUGAAAUCAGCAUGUUAAAGUCUGCAUCAAGCCACCAAUCAAACUCCAAUUCCCACAAUUCACCUGGCUGUAUCUCGGAGGAUGCUGCGCUGGAUGCAGUAGCAAUAGAGAAGCUCAAGUCAAACAGCCGUCCUCACAUCUGCGUGCUGCUGCAGCCGCUGGCGCCCGGCUUGGCUCAGUUCAUCAGUGAGACGUCCAGAGAGUGUGACUUCAUGGAGAGAGUGAGAGACGAUGAACCGGGGCUGAACACACACAACCUUUACAACAGGUACAGGGAAUCUGCGACUUCAAAAAAGACGAAAAAUCACUUAAAAUUUGUAUGAAAAAGUGUCAGAAGGAGAUUUUUCUUUGAAUUUUUAGGGAGCGGUUAAAACACCUCAAAGAUUUCUCCAGAAGCUUCCUGGUGGAAACGUCUCAUCAGCACCAGGAGAUUCUGACCCACAUGGGUUUGGAGAAUUUCUGCGUAGAGCCGUACUUCUCCAGCCUGAGACACAACAUGAGGGAGCUGGUGGAGGUCCUCGCUGCUGUUGCUGCUGGGGUACCAACGCAACACUACGGGUUCUACAGGUCAGAAACUCUCACAGGGUUUCACCGUUUUGUAACAAAAAAUCUUCUUUUGCUUGAUUUGUUCUUUUUUUUCUGUGAUUCAGGGAGGAGAAUUCAACCUCUGGGCCUUCACGAGCAAAAUCUUUAAUGGUUCAUCACCAGGAGGGACUGUCACAGGAAGUAGCUCGGCACUGUAUCAUCCAAGCCAGGCUGCUGGCCUUUCGGACAGGUCUGAUUAAUGAUACUGUCUCUAGAAGCAAGCUUAAUGGCACUACAGAGGGAUUAAACAAACUAAUAUCUACAGUAUGUUUAUAAUGAACUGUGAAAGGGAGGUGGUAGAAACCGUUGUAAUGCAACUAAAUAUUAGUUUAUGAUUCUCAGGAAGGUUGAAUCUUCAAGCAUUUCUUAGUUUAUACAGUACUGUAAAGAUGUCAACACUGCUAUUUUUUUUAACAUUAUGUUUCUUGACUUUCUGUAAAAUAUGAUCAAAUUCAACUACUUUUUCCAAUUUUCUUGCUUUGAAAUAGAAUGCACAGUAUCCCCAAUGUUUUUGUGUUCAUUAACAUCCAAUUUAUUUGAAGAAUUUUGAGGUUUACUCACCUUUUUAAACACACUGCUAUUAUUAUGAACAUAACUGUAUAUGAUCCUGCUCAUUUGGUUCAUCAAGGCUCACAGCAACAAUGGCAUUUUCCAUUUUCACCUGUUUCUUACCUGUGAAACUGUAUUUUUGUUUUAACUCAGAGGAUCCUAAAGUUGGAGUGGGAACUGUGAUCUGGGCCAAACGACAGCUGGUGAGCAUAUUUUUCAUCUCUUUGCAUCAGUUUGGAAGUUUUAUCUCAGGUGCAAAAUCUCAUUAUUCCACUCUACAGUUUGGGUUAUUAAAAAAGGACAAAAUUUAUGAUACCAGCUGCAGACAAAUGGAGGUUGACACUGUCUGAUGCUCACAAACAUACACUUGUAAACCCUCAAACCUAACUUUUGUUUGUGGCAACAUUUCAAUAUAAAUCAUGUCAGAGAAAUACUGCAGAUUGGUAAUACUUCUUUUGCAGGCUGGGAGUGACGGGACAGGGUGUCUCCACCUGGUAGGCUGCGGGUAUAACGCUUACCCAGCUGGCUCUCACUACGCAGAGUACCCACAGAUGGACAACAAACAGGAAGACAGACAGAGGCGCAAAUACAGAUACAUCAUCCACGCCGAGCAGAACGCCCUCACAUUCAGGUCAGGACUUUCAUAACUGAUGUGACCCUCCACUGAUUCUGAAUCUGUUCGGCUAAAAUGUUCCUCCUUGACAUUCAGGACUCGAGAGAUCAGACCUGACGAGCCCACCAUGUUGUUCGUGACUAAGUAUCCGUGUGACGAGUGUGUGCCUCUGAUCCAAGGAGCCGGCAUCACACACAUCUACACAACCGACCAGGACAGAGACAAAGACAAAGGAGACAUCUCUUACCUGAGGUUCAGCAGCAUGAAGAACGUCAGCAAGUUCAUAGUGAGUACAAAAAUGGACGUCAAAUCUAUCACUGUGUCCUUACUCCAUCUUUAUUACCUCCGCCAAGGAGGUUAUGUUUUCACCUCUCAUCUUCAGCUGUAAAUGCAAAUAAACUUUUAUGCUUCACUAAAGAGGAGAAACUGAAAUCUUUCUGUCUCCACAGUGGCAGAGGAGUCCGUCUAUCGGUUCUGUAUCCUCUCCUCACCUCGCCAGUAAGUUCCAGUUUAAUUCAUGCCUCAAAAUUAAGCAAAGACAAAAACAAAGAUGUGUUUUUGCUCUUAAAUGGUCUUCUUGAAGCUUAGAAAGACUUGAGUUUGAAUGUAUCUUCACCUCCCUGCAGCUGCACAGCUUUCUCUCUGUAAAACAUGUUCAACCCUCCCACUCAACAAUGAAAAUUUGAAAAACAAAAUUCCAAUGUGUUUAAACAAUUGUGUUACUUUCUGUUUCAGACGGUCACAUUGGGAAGCACAGCAGAGCGGACGAGCAGGAGAGCCACAGCAGCAAGAAGCUCUGCACCGACAGAUCCAAAGACUCGGCGACAAGCUGAACCAAAAAAAGACAAAAAAAAAAGACAAAUGGAGAGACAGGAAAAAACCACUCCCAAAAUAUUUUCACUCACGUUCUACAGAUUUGAUAUUUUAGGAUAGGGGAAUCUGAAUUAUCCCUCCAUGAAGUUUAAAUUUUAGACCCCACUGAGACUGCUUUUGAACCAUGUUUUUAUAGGAGACUGAUCACAGGUCAGUGUUUGUGUGAUGUAACCGGGAGAUAAAAUUCAGUGUGCUCUUUAUUAAACUUGUUUGCAGGCGAAACUCAAGCAGUGAUACGCUGGAGAUUUCGUAUUAUCCUGCUGUGUGUUUUAUAUACCUAAUCAUGGAGGUGACGAGGUGAAAGUGAUGAACUGAGGAAAACCACUCCAGACUGAUGGAUAGGUGAACAAAUAAAGGAGUUCUGAACUGAUGUCGGUUUUGCACAAUCUGAAUUAAAGAAAAAAGACUGGGAUAGAUAGACAUACCAGAACUAUCAACUGUUGGGUGUAUUUUUGAUGCAAAUGUUUUAAAGCUUAUAGAAAUGAUGUAAAGAUAUAUAAAUAUAAACUGUAUGUACAUCUGAA